AUGGACGCCAUACUAGAAAUCCUCGACCCGUAUGUCUUUGACUACGGAUACGCAUACUUGUUCCCCCAACAAACAACACAACCUUCAUACGGAAACUCAACGGGUUUCGCUCCAUCGUCCGCGUCCAAAAACUUUGACGAUGAGUACUCACUCAACUUUGGUUCCUCGCUGCCACGCGACGACAUCUACCGCCAAAGCGCAUCGAUUCUCAUGAUCGCUGGCUUCGGCGCCGCCUUUAUCUACGUUAUUUCAGCCGCGCUCUCGUAUUACUUUGUCUUUGACCGCCGUCUCGAACAUCACCCACGAUUCCUCAAGAACCAGAUCAAGCAAGAGAUCCAGUCCAGUUUCUUCGCCAUUCCCAUCAUCGACCUUCUUACCCUCCCCUUUUUCCUGGGUGAGGUGCGCGGCCAUAGCUUGUUGUACACAAACAUUGACGAGUACGGCUGGUCAUGGUUGGCUAUCUCAACUAUUCUGUACAUGGUCUUUAACGAUCUCGGUAUUUACUGGAUUCAUCGCCUCGAGCAUCACCCCAGCAUCUACAAAUAUGUCCACAAGCCUCACCACAAGUGGAUUGUCGCGCUUCCACUCCUCAAUUGGAGCCCUGCUAACUCGGACAGUGUUUUCGUCUACCUCUGCCCCAUGCAGAAGCACCUCUACAUGUUCCUUUUCGUUUGCGUUCAAAUCUGGACUAUCCUCAUUCACGACGGCGACAUGAUUACCGGCCACUGGCUCGAGAGAUUCAUCAACAGCCCCGCCCACCACACUCUGCACCACAUGUACUUCACCUGCAACUACGGCCAGUACUUUACCUGGGCCGACAACUACUGGGGCUCCCACCGAGCUCCCAUGCCCGAGCUGGAUCCCAUCCACGAGGCCAUCAGGGUCAUGCAGGAGAAGGGACUCGCCGACAAGGAUGGUAACCCCAUCGAAAAGUCAAAGAGCGAGUAA